UCGCGGCGCGACCCGCGCCGACGCCGCGCGCGGCGCGGCGCGCGACGAGACCGCGCGCGACUGUGACGCGCGCGCGCGCGCGACGCGUCGCCGCGCGCGCGAAACGCGACGAAACGCUCGCGGAAAUCACGCCCGAGGCGUUGAAAAAGCAACUCUUCGCGUCGAAAGAUUUAUGGAGCACGGACGUCCACGCGGUGAUGUACCGCCACUGCGACGGCGACGGCGCGAAGGCUGCGAAAUAUUGGCUGCAGUACAUGCCGAUGCGGAAUCGCGCCGAGGUAAUUCGGAUGAUGCUCGAACUCGCGCGAGCGCCGCACGCGGUCGAAGUCGUCGGCUACCUCGCGUGGCCGAAAGUGAAACCGAAGACGCCGUUCGGGAAGACGCCGAGUUUGGUAGACAUCGAUGGGUGUGCGAACGACGUUUCCCACGAAACGGCGAUAAUCAGAUACCUGGGGCGAGAGUUGAGUUUGGACGGCGCGAACGAGUAUGAGCGCGCGCGCGUCGACGAACUCUUUAUGCAAUAUUGGCACACUAUUCGCAACGGCGGAUUGACGCACGAUGGACAGCUGUACAGCGCGAGGGCAUUGAAAGAGAGCAUUGAAAGACGCGAAGACGCUGAGUGCGCGAGGUUUCAAGAGACGCAUCGCGUGAAUAAUUUAUCGGUGCCGGCGCGUUCGCGGCAGGCGCUGCGCGUGUUCGAGGAAAUCCUAGAGCGUAACGGAAAUUCGCGGCUCGUCGGCGAGUCGUUGACGUAUGUCGAUUUAGCUUUAUUCGAAACGCUGUUCGAGCUCGCGGAGGAGGAUUUAGUGCCCGAUUUCGCGACGCGUCUGAAUUUGCCGCGGUGUGGUGAAUUCUUAACCGCCGUCGCUCGCGAACCGCCGAUCGAUCGCUACCUCAAGAGUGCGACGCGGAUUCCACGUUAUGAAAGACCGACGUAUGCGUAUAUCGGCGGUCGUCACUGUGCUGUACCGUAGGUAAAAUGGGGUGAGCGUCAUUCGCGUCGCAAAAGUUUGCGACGCUGGACGCUCGAGGUUUCGCCCUGCGUCUCAUCAUUUAUCGCCUCGCGGCGAGAUGUCGACCGAAUAUCCCAAACCGACGCUCCGUCCUGGGCCGCCGAGUGAUGCAGCGCGCGCGAUCGAGGGCGAGCGCGCGGAGUCGUGCGAACGCGCGGCGAGAGCGGACGCAGCCGCCGGCGUCCCGUUGCUCGCGGUGUACGUCGACGACGACGUCUACGUCCUGAACAAGCCUGCGCAGACGUACGUGCACGAUAUAGAACGCCUCGUCGAGCGAGGCAUGGUGAAAUGCGAUGAUGCGACCACGGUCGAUAACCGCGCGACGACGCGGGACGUGCCGUUCAACGCCUCGGAGUCGGCGCGCGUCGUUCACAGACUCGACCGCGACACCUCCGGAUGUCUCGUCGUCGCGCGAAAUCGAGACGCCAUUCGCAGCUUGUCGGCGCAAUUCGCCGACGGCACGGUGCAGAAGACGUACGUCGCGCUGUGCGCGGCGACGGCGGAUUACGACGGCGUUGAAGAUCAUCGCAGAGUAUUCACGGGUUGGGGCCGCGCGAAAUACGGCCUCUUCCGUCUCUACGACGCCGCGGACAUCGGCCGCGCGCUUCCCGGGAACAAA